AUGGCUAGGAGCUGGCUUAUUGACAUUGGAGGAUUUGCAAAGAAAGUCAAAAGAACUACACUCUCUUCAGCUGACCAGAUUAAGGAUUGUGGCGCAUAUCGCGAAUGUCCAAACUGUCAUUGUCGUAUAGACAAUAGUGAUGUUUCUAGUGAGUGGCCUGGCUUUCCGCUUGGUAUCAAGUUUGAUCCUUCUGAUGUAGAACUAUUAGACCAUUUAGCGGCUAAAUGUGGUCUUGGUAAUGCAAUUCCUCACAUGUUUAUAGACGAGUUCAUACCAACAUUGGAAGGAGACCAAGGCAUCUGCUAUACACAUCCUGAAAAUCUUCCAGGUGCUAAGAAAGAUGGGAGUAGUGUUCACUUCUUUCACAGAACAAUGAAUGCAUAUAGUACUGGUCAACGUAAGCGUCGAAAGAUUCAACAUCAUGGUUCAACCGAAGAUCAUGUACGCUGGCACAAGACUGGUAAGACCAAAGCUGUAAUAGAAGAUGGAGUACGUAAGGGCUAUAAGAAGAUCAUGGUUCUGUAUAUAAGAUCUGAGAAAGAGUCAAAAUCCUACAAAUCUGACUGGAAAAUGCAUCAGUACCAUCUAGGGAAUGAUGAAGAUGAGAAGAAUGGAGAGUAUGUGGUUUCAAAAAUAUUUUAUAAACAUAAUGAAAAAAAUGAGGAGAAACCAAUGGCUGAAGAAUCUGACAAUAUAACAUCACGAACAAGUCCAAAGACUCCAAAACCAAAUCCUCCAAACCCACUGCGCGCAGGAAAAUGUGUUGGGAAUGAUGAUAACAUCGAUGAAACUGCACUGAUGUCAUCUGCAGAGGAUGCCAAGUCUGUCCCUGUGGAAUCACAUGCCCCACAAUCUGAAACUCAGGAUCAGGACAAUGCGGACAACUCUGCAUGGUUGGUUGAUGAAUUACAGACCAUGAAAAAUUGCGAAUACGACGGCUUGGAUGACAUAUUAUUGUGCAAGGAGAUUUUAGAUUCAUCAGCUCUAUUUGAUGAUUUUGGAUUGAACUCAAUCACUCCCAAUGACCUUGCUUACUACGAAAACAAAAUGACAGGAAAUUGUAAUGUAGCUAGUGAAACUUCAACUUCUGUUCUGGAUACACUGGAAUUGGAUACUGCUCCAGAUUAUGAUCUUUCGAAUUUGACAUUUUGUUCUCAAGACAGUAUCCUUGAUUGGCUGGACUGGUUGUGA